AUGGCGGACGCGCAGAGUGAAGUUAACCUCGUGGAUCUGUCGCUAGAGCAGCUUAAUGCGCUCAAGGGCCAACUGGAGAAGGAGCUGCAGCAGCUGACGACGUCGUUCGGCGGCCUCCGCGAGGCUCAGUCCCGGUUUACCGAGUCCAAGGAGGCGCUCAAGAGCAUGGCAGCCGCCGACCUUAACAAGGAGGUGCUGGUGCCUCUCACGGCGUCCAUGUUCGUCGCUGGCAAGCUGGCCAACAAAGAAGAAGUUUUGGUGGACGUGGGUACCGGUUACUUUGUGGAGCAGUCAGUGGAGAAGGCUGAGCAGUUCAUGGACAGGAAAGUCGAAUUCCUGCAGACCAACACGGAGCAGCUCAAGACGGUCAUUGACGGCAAGCGCAACAUGCUCGAAGCCGUGCUAAUGAUCAUGCAGCAAAAGAUGCAGGAGGCGCAGCGCAAGUAG